CAUUUACUGUCAAUCCUGCCUUUUUGGAGCAGCGAAGUCCUAGAUACUCGCAGUCAACAACUAACUUAAUCCCCAAUUCGAUCGGCUUGCGCAACAUUGUUGUUCUGCUUGGAGGAAGGGAUCGCAAAACCAUGAUUUCGUUCAUCUUGAUGGUAAAUAAACAAGGUCAAACUCGCUAUUCUUCAUACUACGAAUGGAUCAGUAUGGAAGAACGAGUAGCGCUCGAGUCUGAAAUCAUUCGCAAAUGUUUGAGCCGGUCAGAACUCCAAUGUUCGUUUUUAGAGUAUCGCGGUUACAAGGUCAUUUACCGUCGCUAUGCUAGCCUUUUUUUCAUUGUCGGUACGAAACCGGACUUGGCUGGAACGGAAAAUAACGAAAAUGAACUCGGCAUGCUUGAGUUCAUCCAUACGCUGGUUGAGACCAUGGACAAGUGGGCUGGUAGUAUCUGUGAACUGGACAUUAUGUAUCAACUGGAGGAAGUACAUUUUUUGGUGGACGAAAUGGUGCAGAAUGGCUACAUUGCAGAGACGAAUCGCGCAAACAUUCUGCGACCAAUUGCUUUGAUGGAGCGGGAAAGUCAAAAAGCGGAUAGCAUGUUCCGAUAGUGGAGGAAACGUAUGGCAGUUUACGCGCAAUUCAAUCUUUAAAAACAGAACUUAAUGAAACAAAGAGCGUAUCUA